AUGGUUAUAAUUCUGAAGGCGAUUUUAAUAAACCAGAUAAUUAAUCUAAUAGCAAAGGGCAUGUUAAUAGGAGAAUGCGUGGGAAAUAAAGAAUCGGCAAAAAUAGCCAACUUACUGACUGGGAACAUCACCGGUGACGUCGUUCCUUCAACAUAUCCUGCGAUAAAAAUAAAUCAAUCUGCAAACAAUGAUUCGAAUUUUUACAAUUUUUACAAAGAUGAAUUGAGAGAAUUGGAGGAAGAAACCGUUGAGCUUAUGGAAAAGCAGAGGAAGGUGUUUGAGGAGUUGAGAAGAAAGGCAAAGGAACAGAAUAGAUUAUUUGAAGAUCUCUCCAUGGCAGUUAAAAGACAAUAA